AUGUCGCUGUCCGCAGCAGACAUAGUGAAGGGAAUUGAGGUUUGCAAGUGGAUCUACGAGAACUGCUUCGAACGCGUGGGGCGCGCUGAUACACGAUACCUGCAGUUCGGCAAAGACGUGUCGAAGCUACAGCCGGCCUUGAGGAGGCUUGAGGCAGCGUUUGGGACCGCUCUUCAACUACGCGACACUCGAGAUCGUGAACUCCUGAGGCGAGAAGCUAAGGAGCUUAUCGGCGACUUCAAUGCCACGCUCAAAGAAUGUCGCGAGAUCCUGGAGAACAACAGGGGUAUCGUGAAAGAUGGAGCGGGCUUUGUGCAGAACGUGAUGUGGGGCCAGUCGACGCAGAAGAAGGUGGACGAGCAGCGGACCCGGAUACAGUUUCACAUACAAAAGAUUGAGUUCUUUAUGGAGUCAGUCAGACUGGAGCAGAGCAACGCGCGAGAUGGGGAUAUACAAGAGAUCCUGGCUCACACAAGGGAACUCCGAGGACUGUCUCUCAACACGUCUCUUGAGCCUAUUCCUGAGUGGCUCGGAUCUCGAUUCCGCGAGGCUCUGCAGGUUAACCCGCCCGUAUCCUAUACAAAUAUCGAAAACUUCCCCCUUGAGCAUGGUUAUGAGGCCCUCUACCUACACUACAAGCAAAGCACGGUCAUCAGCCUCCCGACCGGCGACCAAACCAUGGAGCAGUAUCUUGACCUACUCAAGGCUCAUUGGAUCGUCGAGACUCUGAAGCGCGGCGCGCCCUACAAAGCACUCCGUCCGGGAUCGUACUAUCUACGGACCAUCGCACGACUUGAGCGACUGAUUUCGGAUCAAUACGCACGCCCCGGCCUCACCACAUUCGGCGAAGAAGAUUUGAGCAAGCUCAAUGAGUCCUCGUUCCUCAUUUGGCCCGCUCAGAAAGCGGCCACGCCUAGACAACUCACAGAACCCAGUGGACUAGAGGAGAAAAUCCUAGAGAUUUCGCUGCCAGAACUACCCACCGUCCAGAAGGAAGACCUAGUGGUCUUUCAGAGAGGUCCCAUGACACUGCGCCUCGCGCGCAACAUCGUGCCAGCAGUCGGCCCGCACAGGCAGGAAAGUGAGAAGAUCAACACUCAUAUUGACCGCUUCAUACCCCUGUAUGCGGUUCCCUCAUCGAAGUCUGGCAGUCCACCGCUGGCUAUCAAGAUCUGUGACGGGAAGGAGACGGGAGGAACGGUUUACGAGCUGAAAAGCGAGGGAGACAUCUUCAGUCUCCAAAGAGCAGUGACAGGCUUUGAGGUCGUUUCUGAUAUGAAGAAUGUUGAGUGGUCCUUGAAUCGAAAGAAGAUGCGGUUCUUGUCGAAGGGACUAGGCAACAUCGGUCGAGUGCAAAUGUGGUACUGGAAACCGUUGUCAGCCGGCAAAUCGCUUCAAGACGGAUCUCGUAAACGCCAGGACAGCGGAACCGCUAGUUUGCAGUGUCGCAGCUCGGUCAGUUCGCAAGGUUCCAACAGCACGAAUGCCACGGUUGCGAAGGUGGUGAACGGCGAAAACGAGUCCAUUUGCACCACAACCCAAUCAGACAGUGGUGAGACUGUGGUAGCAGUAAGAACGCAGCCUCAGCCGGUUCUCUUUAUCUUCUCGAAGACUGGAGAAGGAUACGCACUCCUCCAUUUAGAAUUACGUCCCGGACUGGCGAUAGGCGGUUCAUGCGACUGCAGACACUCGGAAAAGUCUUGCACGCGAGCAGUCAUCGAGAACGUUGACUCCAGCACCCCCCGAACGUUUACGGUUAGACGCCUGGCUGUGAGUGAAGCGCAACUCGACCUCUGGGACCUUUCUGUCUUCGGAUUACCGGAACAUCCGCUCUUCAACCACACCAAACGAGUAGAGCGCUUGGAAUGUGACUAUCUGAACCUGGAUUUUGCAACGGUCGCGGAGCGAAGGAAGUUCAACAGGCACCUCCGACUGCUGCUCAAGCUCCGUGACGAGGCCGAAGAGUCCUUUGAUCGCACUAUUCGAAGAGCGGCCUUUUUCAGUGACAGGCCGAACCAUACGCCGGUCGUGCAACAAGCAGCGAGUGUAACGAAUCCGCGAGCGCCGGCGGGUUCUCCGUAUUCCGGAAACAGUUCUCAAACCAACCUGAGCAGAGUAUCAACUCUACCGCCAUCGCACAGGCGCAUCUCGAUAGCGUCAAACUUCGCCGACUCGUUUCACAGCGCUCUGGAUCCAGGGUACGGUACACUAUCGUCACCAAGCGCUUGA